GGAUGAGAUCGACUCUGUCUCUCGCCAAGAGCAUUCGAUCGUCUCUUCCUGAGACUCUCGCGCGUACAGAUACCUGCUGCGACCAUUCUCGGCUGAGGAAACUCUGACGAGUCGGACGCAGAUCGACCAAACGUGCGGAGAACAAGCCUUUCGGUUCGUCUUCGUUGCCAUACGUGGCUGGACCAACGAAAAAAGUUUCUGCUGUUCCCCCGGAAUGUUCGAAUCGAAAAAGUGAAAGGAACUCGCUGGGAAUCGUAGAAGAUUCGGCGAAAGAAGAAUCUUGUCUCGGAAGUUGUUCCAUCUAGGAAUAGUGGCUCGAGUGUCUUCGGUCGAUCGCGACGUUUUGGUAGUCGUUCCACGUUGGUUCCAGUGACAAGGGAGCAUCGCAAGCUGUCGGACACCGAUUUUAAUGAAAACUUUAUACAAAUGUUCUUCAGUUCUACGUAAGGAAUAUGUCGCAUUUCGUUGCUGAUACUUUUUAUCUGCGAGAGAGAAAUCGUCCCUUGUUUCCUGGACUGAGUGAAUAUAUAGAUAGAUCUCUUCAUAAUUCUCCCAUUAGAGAUACCAGUGGUCCAUUGGGACUCUCUAUAGCUCGGUGGAGUCACUUAUUUUAUUCGUGCUCGUACUAAAAAUCGAGGUUACAAGUUCAAAGUUGAUUUUAGGACACAAAACAAUUGCUCAAUAAUUUUUGAUGACACAGUAUAACGCAAAUGGUGAUAGUCAAAUGAGCACUUUUAUCGUUCGAACCAAUGAAAUCCAUUCGUCCACACUCGAAUACACAUUCCAACGUUAAUUUCAAUCCGUCGCAUCGAGGUCUCUCAACUCCAAAACCUAGAAAGAAUAAACGAUAAAAAAAUGUUCAAUCUUGGAAUACUACGGCAAAUACUCAUCGGGAUAGUCUGCAAUCUUCUGAUCAUCGACAGUGGAAUGCACGAAGGAUGGAGCACUCCGAUCAUACCAAAAUUCGGAAAAGAGGAUCCUUUGGACGUGUCCACCGACACGGUUGUCUGGGUGGUGAAUUUGAUGUAUGUUGGAGUUGGUCUAGGCUCGAUCGUACCUUUUCUACUGAUGGAUAAGUUCGGUCGUAAGGGGACGCUGCUGUUCGCGACGAUACCAAAGAUCGCCAGCUGGCUUCUCAUCGGUAAUGCAAACUCCGUUUUUCUACUUUACGUUGGUCGAAUGUUGGCUGGAAUUGGAUGCGGAGUAACGUACACCGUGUUGCCCAUGUACCUUGGCGAGGUUAGCAGCAAAAGGUCACGUGGGCCGUUAGGUACACUGAUGACGGUCCUCUUAAACACGGGAAUGAUGAUAUCGUACGCGGUAGGUCUAUGGGUGAGUCGUUUCACGAUGUCCAUGAUCGCCGUCUCGAUCCCUAUCAUCUUCCUCGUGACGUUUAUCUGGCUACCCGAAACCUCCGUGUUCCUAACCAAGAAGAACAAGCUGACGUCCGCGGAGAGGACGCUUAAAUGGACUCUUGGCAAGGACGACGUUGUGGAGGAGCUGGAGGAGAUCAAAAGGAUAGUCGCCACGGAGGAGCCCACAACGAAGACGACUUUCCACGGGUCGUUGAAGAAGGCGCUGGUCAGGCGAGAGAAUCUGAGAUCCUUUCGUAUCGCGAUGAUCGUUAUGAGCGCGAUGUGCUUAACCGGCGCGGCACCGCUUUUGGCUUAUCAGUCGUUCAUAUUCGAGGAAGCUGGCUUCGAUAUCUCGACGAACGUCAGCAUAGUAAUGACCGGGUGCACGGUCGUGCUCGCGGGCACCGUCUGCGUGAUGCUGGUGAGGAUUCUUGGAAAGAGAUUGCUGCUUCUGUUCUCGACGCCCGUCUGCUUGCUGUCGCUGGCGACGCUCGCGAUCUUCUUCGGGCUCCUCGCGGGCGGCCACGACGUCUCCAAGCUCCGAUGGAUGCCCACGGUGUGCCUGGUGAUUUAUGUGUUCAGUUACGGCCUGGCGCUGAACCCUGUGCCCAUCGCCUACGUGGGCGAGAUCUUUCACGUCGACGUUAAGGUGCUCGCGGCUAUAAUCUGCUCCCUUUAUUACGCCGUCGCUACGACCACCGUCGUGAAAUUCUAUCAGGUACUGCAAGAAUCGUACGGAACGUAUUUGCCUAUAACAGUGUUCACUGCGAUUACAUUCAUCAUGUGGAUUUUGAUCUAUCGAUACGUGCCUGAGACGGAAGGAAAGACCUUGGAGGAGAUACAGAUAGAAUUGCGUAGAAAACGCUGACAGUUUCCUCGACACAGAAUCCCAAAAUAUUUAAUGAAAUACAAUUUGAACCUAAAAGAAUUUGUGCAUUUAUUUUGUUACCUUCCCGUUCUAAAUUUCCUUAUUUGGAGUCAGAUGUGCGCAUCCGGUAUUCUUCACGUAGGCAUAGAAGUUUCGGGACCAACACGAAGCAAGAGCGUAGUCCCUCGGAAUCAUGCAAUGUACUUCCCCGCCACCCCUUGGCCUAUGAUUUUUGAGUAUAAGAAGAGUGACGACGAAGGCAUAUCGGGUCUAGUCAAAGUUUAGAAAGGAUUUUGUACACGUCUGUGCGUGCUCUUACGAUAUUUCUACACGAGGAACUUAGUGAGAUCGGGUUCAAGUCCCCUUCGAGCAAAAUCUUAACCAUACAGUACGUAGUCUACUGUUAGGCAUUAUUUAUCGUUGUAGUCGUCCCCCGUUUGCUCGCGUUCGUGAAAACCGAGAAGGAUUAGAUUCUUGCUUCGCGGAAUCGAAACUAUACUUUUAACUCAGUUCAUAUUUGUAACAAUUUAGAUUACCAUUAGUACGCCGCGACAAUUACUCUUAUAACAAUUGUAAGUUCCGGUGCAUAUCAGAAUAUAUGUAUAAUCAUUUUUAA